AUGGUAUUUGCGAAAACACCAAAAAAAGAUUAUUAUGCUUGUAUAUUUUCAAGUAUAAGAACAUCAGAAUAUAAUGAAGAAUAUAAUAAAAUGGCAGAUGAAAUGGAUGAAUUAGCAAAAUCACAAGAUGGUUAUCUUGGUAUAGAAUCUACAAGAAAUGAUCAUUCAAGAUUUGGUAUCACAGUUUCAUAUUGGGAAUCCUUGAAUUCUAUUAAAAAUUGGAAAGAUAAUUCAAAUCAUAAAAUAGCACAAAAAUUUGGAAUAACAAAUUGGUAUGAACAUUAUGAAAUUAGAAUUUGUCAAGUUAAAUAUUCAUAUAGUAAAGAAACACAAAAAUAA